AUGAUUUCCCAGUCUGAACACCGUCUUUCCGUCGCCAUAGUCGGCGGGGGUAUUAGUGGUAUACUUACGGCAAUCGGGCUGAUGAGGUAUCCUCAUGUCCAGGCUAAUGUCUACGAAGCAGCAGAAGAAUUUGCUGAAGUCGGCGCUGGUCUCCUGCUCGGUCCCAACGCCGUGAGGGCGCUCAGAUGUAUCUCGCCGACAGUAUACGAGGCGUAUUUGAAGUUACAAACCGGCAACCUGGAUCGCAAACACAAAAACACGUGGUACGACUUCGUCUAUGCAACUGGAACUCACGCGGGGGAGAAAAUCUGCUCUGUCAAAAGCGAGACUGGGCAAAGCAGCAUCCAUCGAGGGAAGUUCCUCGACGCACUGGUCAGUGUUCUCCCCAAGGAGAAUGCCCAUCUCGGAAAGCGUCUGAAGUCUAUCGAAGAGUCCGAACACGUCGUCACGCUACACUUUCACGACGGAACAACUGCGCAAGCAGAUUGCGUGGUCGGGGCAGAUGGCGUUCACUCGGCCACGCGCAAGUUCGUAUUUCCUGAGAAUUGGCAAGAGUACGAGCCGGUUUUCACCGGUGUAGUCGGUUACAGAGGGCUGCUACCCAUGGAAGAGGCCCGCAAAGCAAUGGGAGACGAGCUGGCCAUGAACUCGUUCACGUUUUGCGGUAACAACUGCGUCACGGCCUCAUUUCCCAUAGACUUUGGUGCUACAUUCAAUCUCAUCGCGACAAAGUCUGGGUCAAAGACUUGGGAAGGCCCAUGGGUACAAUCGACGGAUUUCGAGGAAAUCGAACGAGUUUUCAGUGACUGGCCCCCCGAGACUUUCAAGCUACUAAAGGCUCUCGAUCGCCCAAACAUCAUGAAGUGGUCGAUCUGGAAAAUACCUGAUAUUCCGCAGUCGCACAGGGGAAAAGUAUGUAUCAUUGGGGACGCAGCUCACGCGGCACUACCAACUCAUGCAGCAGGCGCCGGUCAAGCCAUUGAGGAUGCUUGGGUCAUGUCAGCCGUAUUGGGAAACAUCAAAGAAGUAAGACACAUCUCGGCCGCUUUCCGUGGAUACGACAAGAUUCGACUUCCACGUGCCCAGCUCAACGCAAAACUGAGCGAUGAAGCACUCGAGAUCUUCAACUUACGACGCAUCGGGGUGCUCGACGAUCCAACGGCGCUUAGGAAAGCCAUUCAGUACAGGAUGGACUGGCUUUGGAACAGAGAUAUUGCUCUCGAGGCAGAACAAGCCUGCUUAGUUGCGGCCAAUAUCGUGGCGGAUGAGCUUGAUCAACAGAUUUGA